UGUUGCAGUGUGUGAGGAUGCUCCAAUAACUUGCAAAUGGUGGGAAGAUGUUCCUCAAGCCAACAAAGCUAAAAUGUAUUCAUAUGUAUUGGUAAGGUCAAUAGGCAAAAUUUAUAAUAGAUAUAGUCAUUUUUUAAUUCUUUUUUAGAUAUAUUCCUUUUUUUGAUAGGACAAAUUUGAGUUUGAGGAAAACGAAAAUAGGAAAAAUUAGAUUAUAAGAAAAAUGGGAAACAAGUUUGCAAACUAUAAGCAUAGAUUGAAGGUCAAAUACUACGACACGUACACCACAAAUGAUGAGAGAAUUCAAGUGGGUCCAGUAGACAUUGAGAGAGAGCAAUGGAGAGAUUUUGUGCAUUGGUUGAGCUCACCUGAGUUUUGGGUAUACUACACUUGAAAGGUGUUUGUUUUAUUAUAUUUGUAUUUAUUAUUAUUUACUUAUAAAGCAAAGAAAUUCAUUAAGAUUUUUGAUUUGAUUAAUUAAUUUUUUCAUAUUACUUGACAUCAAGACCACAUGUGCUCGAAAUAAGGACAAUCGAUCAAAGUUAAAAAUGAGCAAAACUACUGGUACAAGAAGUUUUGCUCGAGUUAGAGCUGAAGAGGCUCAAAAAUUAGGACAUGACCUAACAGAAGUAGAAAUGUUUUACUUGACACACAAAAAAAAGGAUGGGUCAAUGGUUGAUUCGACGUCAGCAAAAAUUGUGGAAAAUAUUCAAACUAUAGCAGCCCAAAGAGCUGAGGAGCAGCCUUCUGAACCUGUUGAUGAAAAUCACAUUUUUCUUGAAGUGAUGGGCAAAGAAAGGCAUGGUCGAGUUCGUGGAUAUGGUUUCGGCCCUACACAUUCUUCAGUCUCUAGCAAGCUUCCUUCUCAAUUACAAAUGGCUUCAACAAUUGAAACACUAAGACAAGAGAAUAAAGAGUUGAAAGAAAAACUAAGCACAGUAGAGCAAAUCCAACCAGAAACUCUUAGCUUGCUAAAAAGCUUCAUGGAAGAGGUUUAUUGGUUUUGUAAAGUGAUACUUUGA